AUGGUCAUGCCAAUGGCCGGGCCAAGCAAGGAAUGGUUACUUAUGGACUAUCUAUACCCUGUGGCUCUUGGUUUUCUAGCCCUUAUCUGGCUUACAAGAACCUGGUACCAAUCUCUGAAGAUUUGGGUUGAUAUCCCAUCGGUCGGCAAUGAUGGUGUCCUGGGUCAAUGGAUAUCUGCACUUCAGUGGCAACAGAAAGCGCGGAGCCUCGUCCAGAAAGGGUAUGAAACGCAUGGUGACUACGCCUUCAAGGUUGCAACACCUAGCCGUUGGGAGAUAUUCAUCUGCAAUGAUCAAUUGAUCAAAGAGUACAAGAACUUGAUGGAUGAUAAGUUCUCGGCUAAUGCAGUGACUGCAGACAUGUUCCAAACAAAGUGGACAGCUCCCGGGGCAGCCGAAGGAGUUCACAAAAUUCCCAUUCCACUUCUUGCAAAAGCCUUGACUUGGCAGCGAAAUCGGUCCUCUGCUGCUGGUGAUCCGUACUUUCGUGAAUUUGUAGCGGAGUUCCUGCAUGCCUGGGAGGCGGAAACCCAAAUCACAAAUGAAGAGCCAUAUGAAUUUUGUUGCUUUGAGACUGGGACGAGGAUUGUUGCGCAUCUGACGGCCAAGUCUCUGGUAGGAUACCCGCUGUGCCGUGAUCCGGAACUAAUCAACCUGUUUGCGGGAUAUGGUAAUGCAGUGCCGUCAAGUGGGUUUUUCAUUUCAAUGUUCCCCAGCAUACUGAAACCUUUCAUUGCCAAGUUCUGCGAAGCCCCGCAGAUGUCAGACCGGCUAGAUAAAAUAUUUCUGAGCGAAAUGAAAGAGCGUCAAUUGCGAGCUGGAAGUGACGCAAGUGAUAUCAUGAGCUGGCUCUGGCACUGGACGCAGGAAAAUGAGCCUGGUAAAUACAACGAGCUUGACAUUGUUCGAUCUAUCACAUCCGCAGUAUUUGGGGCAAUUCACACAACAACGCAGGUUCUCGUUCACUGUCUAUUCGAACUUGCGACGAGACCGGAAUACGUAGAGCCUUUGAGACAAGAAGUACAGCAGGCAUUCGACCAUCAUAGAGGAUGGGAGAAAGAAGGGAUCGAGUCUAUGCUCAAGCUUGACAGCUUCAUCAAGGAAUGCCAACGUUAUAAUCCUCUCGAUUCAGGAUCACUAGCAAGAUGUGCUACCGACGAUUUCACAUUUAGUAAUGGUUUGAAGGUUCCUAAAGGAACAUAUGUCUUUUCACCAAAUGCUCCUGUGCUGUUUGAUGAGAAAUUCUAUCCUAACGCGCACCAAUUCGACGGAUACCGAUUCUAUCGACUUGGACAGCAGACUGGCAAAACGCAAGACUUCCGAUUUGUGGCCACAAAUUCAAAGUAUCUCCAAUUUGGCGAUGGAAGGCAUACCUGUCCGGGCCGGUACAUGGCUGCAGAUGAGAUCCGCCUAAUGCUCGGACACAUUCUCCUUCACUACGAUAUCACAACAAAGAAUAAUGAGGGUCGUCCAAAGAACUGGUUUUUUAAGAAGAUUCUUUUCCCAGAUAUGAAGGGCCUGGUUGUUCUGAAGACUCGAUCGAGAGUCAGGGGAUAG